GCGCAUGCCCAGAGCUGUGGGGCGGGACCGGAUCGGACCGGAACCGCCUUGGGGCCCCCGGAACCGCGGUGGGGCCCUGGGAUCCAGGCUGUGCUGGGGUUGUCCCGGUGAGCGGAGGGCUCCCGGGCUGUCCGGGCCACAGGCGGUUCGGAGCGGCUCAGAAAAUAUUUUGAUAGGAUGGAUGCAGAGCACCUGAAGAGGCUGCGUCAGACCAACCAGGACCUUCUGCAAAGGCUCAGAAUGAAACAAGAAGAGAUGAGAAGACGACUUCCCAGCAAGCCACCCCUCCCAGCAUCUCUGCACAGCAGAGCAGCUCCUGGCAGAUCUGUCCCCUUGCCCAGGAGAGGAGGGAAGGAAAACAAGAUCAAUGCUGUGAAGUCUCUGGUGUCUGUGGAACCCAGAGCUUACACAGCCAGAGCCACCCUUUGCUCAUCUCUAAAACACAGCAUCAAUGACAGAGGGGUCCAGCAGCAAGGAAAGGGACAGCAAGCAGUAGGUCUGGAUCCCAGCUUUCCUGGGAAGGAGAAGGGUUUUAUGCCAGAGUCUGCAGUCAUCACAUGUGGCAGAGAAACCUCUGGAGUGGAUAGGGAUGGCCAUGCUGAAGGGAGUCCAGAGAAAGAACCCUUCAUUGAAGAGAGCAGGAAAGAGUUCUCUCUGCUGCAUGGUUUCCAUGAGAAAGAACAGCUUGAGAGUCAUCUGGACCCAUCACUGAGCAGAAUCCAAAAUGAAGAGACCAGCAAGGAGAAUGUGGGGACUGGAGAGCCCAUAAUCCAUAAACCUGUCUUGCUGACAUCUCAGGCUAAAGAGCUGAAGGAAACUGCUGGUGUGACUUUGCAGCCUGAGCAUGAAGAAUGUCCCAUCCCUGGGAGCAGCUGGUCUGUGCUUCCUUUCCUGGGCUAUGACUGGAUUGCAGGGCUCCUAGAUACAAACUCAUCAGUUGCAGAAAAAUCUGAUCAAUACUUCGCUGAGCUACAAGAGUUCAGAAAGGCCAACACAGCAGCUUGUGUCCAUGAGCAGCAACUGGAGCCCAGUGCUCUGGAUGACUCAGUGGCUGAACAAGAACCAGAUUUGAUAACCGGUUCCCAUAAGUGUGUUUAUUGCUAUCGACUGAACCAACGCCUCUUCCCUGUCCCUCUGGACUCAGAGUCUGCCUGCCUGGUGUGCAAGAUCCCACGUGCUCACCGAGCCCCAGAGACACUGGAAGAGCCAGUGUGUGUCAGGGUCAGCAUUCCCAGCUCUGCCCUUCUGCCUGCCCACAAGUACAGAGCCCAUCGCAGGAGGAGCUUGGAGCCAGCAGACAACCUGGCCUUACCUUUGCAUUGUCUGGCUGGCUGGGAAAACACCUUCCCUUCCAGCAAGCCCAAGCUCAGCACUUUGGAUCUGGGAUCCUCACUGGCAGGGAAGCUUCCCCACCACCCUCACCUGAACUGAGUGUCCAGAGGGUCAGGAGGGACCAGGACUCAGCAGCUUCUGCACCAGACCCACUGGACUCAGAUCCAGCAGAGGGAGCAAACCAAAGCUGGGCUCUGGAUUCAAACCCAACUCUCAGCUCUGUGAACCACUGACCUGGUUGCCCUGGGGAAGGGAUGGACACAGGCUGUGGAAACAACACACUCUGGAUAAAUAUAGAUUUUUGAGCAGCUUUUUCCCAGUUUUCAUAGUUCUGUGUGUGUGUGAGCAACCAGUUCACGUAUGUGAGAGUCUGUGUGUUCAGCUAUGGCUUUUCCCUUUCCUUUUUCUUGCCUUUUGUAGCUACUUCUAAGCAUAUGCAGGAGCUUUCCCAGCUAGGGCUGGAUAAGGUGAGAUUUUAUUCAUCAGAAAUCUGUAGUACCCUAAAAUGUUUGCAAACAACAAAUCAUGCUUGUUUGAAGGUUUUUGGAGAUAAACUGAAAAACAUUUUGACGUUUUUAAAUUGUACCAGAGCAAAAUAUACAGUGUGAGUUGGUUUCACUUUAUAGCCUCUUUCCUUUUCUAAAAAUAACUAAAACCCUCUUCUUUCCUUUCCUAAAAAUAAUAAAACCAAUGUUACAUUUUGUUUAAAUAAACCUC